AUGUUGAAGCGACACACGACAGAUGUUUUGGCGGUUUUCGAGACCCAUGCGGGUGGAGACAGAGCAAGCACGAUUUGUAGAGGUUUGGGGUCUGAGAACUCUUACAAAGUAGACGCGACUGGGCAAAGCGGCGGUUUGUGGUUCUUGUGGAGAACGGGGAUAGGGGAUGUGGUGAUUGUCGAUGCAUCGGAUCAAUUCAUCCACGCCCGAAUCGCCAAUGGAGAGGAGGUCUUGCAUGUGAUUGUAGUCUAUGCAGCACCGUCGGUGAGCAGGAGAAGCGGUUUAUGGGACGAGUUGCGGAGCGUGAUCGGUGGUCUUGAUGGGCCGGUUCUAAUCGGUGGAGACUUCAAUACCAUCGUUAGGGUGGAUGAGCGAGCUGGAGGGAACGGUCGUCUAUCACCGGAUUCUUUGGCCUUUGGAGAAUGGAUAAAUGAUCUUUCCUUGAUUGACAUGGGUUUUCGAGGGAACAUGUUCACAUGGAAACGAGGUAAGCUAGAGAGGAACUUUGUAGCUAAGCGAUUGGAUCGGGUUUUGUGUUGUGCACACACAAGAUUGAAGUGGCAGGAGACAGUUGUCACACAUCUCCCAUUCCUUUCUUCGGAUCAUGCGCCGCUCUACGUUCAGCUAUCGCCGGAGAUUUUGAGAGAUCCAAAACGGAGACCUUUUCGCUUUGAAGCGGCUUGGCUCAAGCAUGAGGGCUUUCAAGACCUUGUGAAGGCCUCGUGGAAGGACGUCUUUGGUGAGAUUUCACAACGUAAGGAGUUACUGCUGAGGGAGAUCAAGGAUGUCCAGGAGGCAUUGGAGGCAGGACCGUCAGAUGCUUUGCUGGUACAGGAAGAGGAACUGAUCACUGCACUCAAUGUUGUGCUUGAGCAGGAGGAAAUGGUGUGGUUCCAAAAAUCACGAGAGAAGUGGAUACCAUUGGGGGAUCGCAACACACGCUUUUUUCAUACGUCCACGGUUAUUAGACGGAGACGCAACCGUAUAGAGAUGUUACGCAAUAGUGAGGGGAAUUGGAUCACGGAUGGGAAGGAGAUGGAGUCACUUGCAGUGGAGUAUUUUCGACGACUCUAUUCCAUGGAAGAUAUUGAUGCAGUGGUUGAUAAACUGCCAACUGAAGGUUUUGAGCAGCUCACGGAGGGGGAGAGGGCUCAUCUGCAGAAAGAGUUCUCUGCCUUGGAGAUUGAGUCUGCUGUACGUAAUAUGGGGAAGUACAAAGCUCCGGGGCCAGACGGAUACCAGCCGGUGUUCUAUCAAAGUUGUUGGGACACAGUAGGGUCAUCUGUGAUCCGCUUUGUAAUGGACUUCUUCACCACGGGGAUACUUCCGCCGGAAACAAAUGAUGUACUGCUUGUAUUGAUUCCGAAGGUGGGCAAACCGGAAAGCAUAACGCAGUUUUGGCCUAUCAGUCUCUGCAAUGUCCUGUUCAAAACAAUCACGAAGGUUCUAGUGGGAAGGCUGAAGGUAGUAAUCUCCAAACUGAUAGGACCAGAGCAGGCGAGUUUUAUACCCGGGAGAUUAAGUACGGACAACAUAGUUCUGGUCCAGGAGGCGGUACACUCGAUGAGGCGGAAGAAAGGGCGCCAAGGAUGGAUGCUAUUGAAAUUGGACCUGGAGAAGGCCUACGAUAGGAUCCGAUGGGAUUUCUUGGAAGAUACACUCACGGCGGCUGGCUUCUCGGAGUCUUGGAUACAAUGGAUCAUGAAGUGUGUCACGGGCCCAGUGAUGAAUCUCUUAUGGAAUGGAGAAAAGACAGAAGCUUUCACCCCAGCGCGAGGUCUCAGACAAGGUGACCCCAUCUCUCCCUAUCUUUUUGUUCUAUGCAUGGAGAGACUCUGCCAUCUGAUUGAUAACUCGGUGAAGGAUAAGGAGUGGAAGCCGAUUAGUCUCUCACGAGGAGGGCCGAAACUAUCGCACAUCUGUUUCGCAGAUGAUUUGAUCUUGUUUGCAGAAUCGUCUGUCUCCCAAGUUCAGAUCAUCAAGAAAGUCUUUGAGACCUUUUGUAGCUCAUCGGGGCAGAAAGUGAGCUUGGAGAAAUCCAAAAUAUUUUUCUCUGGGAACGUAUCUAGGGAUUUGGAGAAGACUAUCAGUGAGGCGAGUGGGAUACAGUCGUUGCGAGACUUGGGUAAGUAUUUGGGAAUGCCGGUCCUGCAGAAACGGAUGAACAAAGAUACUUUUGGGGAGGUCCUUGCGAGAGUCUCUGCAAAAUUAGCGGGAUGGAAAAGCUGUGUACUGAGCAUGGCCGGACGUUUGACACUCACGAAGGCGGUCUUAUCAUCGAUACCGGUCCAUUCGAUGAGCUCAAUAAUGCUUCCUCAGUCAACGUUAUCAGGUUUGGAUAAGCUUUCAAGAUCGUUCCUAUGGGGAAGCAAUUCGUAG